UUGAACGACGCGGUGCUGGACGGCGAGGAGCGGCGCGCUGCGGGAGGAGUUCGGCGGCGAGGAGCCCCGGGCUGACCGACUCUGGAGCGGGAUUCUAGGAGGAGCGUAGUUUACUUACAAAUGCUUGAAAAAUAAGACAAAAUGAGCUGGGCAUUGGAAGAAUGGAAGGAAGGGCUCCCUACAAGAGCUCUUCAGAAAAUUCAAGAGCUCGAAGGACAGCUGGACAAACUGAAGAAGGAAAAGCAGCAGAGGCAGUUUCAGCUCGACUCUCUAGAAGCCGCGCUGCAGAAGCAGAAGCAGAAGGUUGAAGAUGGAAAAACAGAGGGUGCAGACCUGAAAAGGGAAAAUCAAAGACUGAUGGAAACAUGUGAAACUUUGGAGAGAACAAAGCAGAAGAUUUCUCAUGAACUUCAGGUUAAGGAGUCACAACUGAAUUUUCAAGAAGGUCAACUGAGCUCAUGCAGAAAACAAAUAGAAAAACUGGAACUGGAACUUAAGCGGUGUAAAUCUGAACUUGAAAGAAGCCACCAAGCCGCACAGUCUAUAGAUGUUUCUUUGAAUCCAUGCAGUACACCACAAAACCUUUUUACAACUCCACUCACACCAAGUCAAUGUUAUAUCGGUUCCACAUAUGAAGACCUAAAAGAAAAAUAUAAUAAAGAAGUUGAAGAACGGAAAAAAUUAGAGGCAGAAGUUAAAGCUUUGCAUGCUAAAAAAGUGAACCAGCCUCUUCCCCAAGCUACCAUGAAUCACCGGGACAUUGCAAGACAUCAGGCUUCCUCAUCAGUCUUUUCUUGGCAACAGGAAAAGACCCCCAGUCGCCUUUCAUCUAGUUCUCUGAAAACCCCACUUAGGAGAGAUGUCUCUACCUCUCAUUCUUUUGGGGAAGAAGUGACUCCUAACAGACCAAGUCUGCAGACAGGGAAGAGAGGCUGCAGCAGCGACUUUGGUGACAAUCCCAGUGGUUCUCAGCUUUGGGAGCAAAUCAAGGCCCAGAAUCAAGACCUAAAAAACAAGAUGAAUGAGUUGGAACUACGCCUGCAAGGGCAAGAAAAGGAAAUGAAAGGCCAAGUGAAUAAAUUUCAAGAGUUACAGCUACAGCUGGAGAAAACAAAAGUGGAAUUAAUUGAAAAAGAGAAAGUUUUGAACAAAACCAGGGAUGAACUAGUGAGAACCACAGCACAGUAUGACCAGGCAGCAACCAAGUGUACUGCCUUGGAACAGAAGCUGAAGAGUUUGACUGAGGAGUUGAGUUGUCAUCGACAGAAUGCAGAGAGUGCCAGAUGUUCUCUGGAGCAGAAGAUUAAGGAGAAGGAAAAGGAGCUUCAGGAGGAGCUGUCCCGACAGCAUCGAUCUUUCCAAGCGCUGGACCAAGAGUACACUCAGAUGAAAACCAGACUUACCCAGGAGUUACAGCAAGCCAAGCAUGCACUCAAUGUCCUCCAGGUGGAACAGGAGAAGGUCACAUCAGUGAAGCAGCAGUUAGAAAGGAGUUUAGAAGAAUUUAGGCAAAAGUUCAACAGAACAGAACAAGCCCUUCAGGAGAGUCAGAUCACAGAGAAUGAGCUGAGGAGAAGCAGUGAGGAAAUGAAGAAGGAAAACAGUCUGAUUAGGAGUCAAUCUGAGCAAAGGACCAGAGAAGUCUGCCACCUGGAGGAAGAACUUGGUAAAGUUAAAGUAUGUUUGAGCCAGAGCCAGAAUUUCGCAGAAGAGAUGAGAGCUAAGAAUACCUCUCAGGAAAUCAUGUUAAGAGAUCUCCAGGAAAAACUAAAGCAGCAAGAAAACACGCUAACUUUAGAGAAACUGAAGCUUGCCUUAGCUGACCUGGAAGGGCAGCGAGACUGUUCUCAAGACCUGUUGAAGAAAAGGGAACAUCACAUUGAACAACUGAAUAAUAAGUUAAACAAAAUCGAGAAGGAGUUUGAAGCUUUGCUGAGUGCUUUGGAGUUAAAAAAGAAAGAAUGUGAAGAAUUGAAAGAAGAGAAAACUCAAUUUUCUUGUUGGAAAAGUGAAAAUGAAAAACGUAUAAAUCAGGUAGAAUCAGAAAAUGAAAGUUUGCAGAGUAAAAUCAACCACUUAGAAGCCAGUCUCAGGACACAACAAAUGAAAAGUCAAGACUACAAUGAAAGAGUAAGAACCCUGGAGAUUGAAAGAGAAAACCUUGAUGUGGAGAUUAGAAACCUUCGCAGUGUGAUAGACAGCAAGAUGGUAGAGAUCGAGACACAGAAACAGGCCUACUUGGAGCUGCAGCAGAAAGCUGAGUUCUCAGAUCAGAAGCAUCAGAAGGAAAUAGAAAAUAUGUGCUUGAAAAGCAGUGAGCUCACUGGGCAAGUUGAAGGUUUGGAGUCUAAGCUUCAGGUACUGUCAAAUGAGGUAGUAACCAAAGACCAGCAGUACCAAAGCCUGCGUGCUGAAUACGAAACCCUGAGGGAUUUGCUCAAAUCCAGAGGUUCUCCAGUGAUAAAUGAGGAUAAGCAGAGUUCUUCACCUUUAGAACAGCAGCCUGCAGUGAGUGAUUCCUCUGCAAAUCUAAUGGGGGAACAAGGAAGCAUGUAUUCAGAAAGGAGUCGCUGCUUUGUAGAUGGGGACCAAACUCAUCUAGCUGUCUUACAAAGUAGAGUCACUUCACUUGAAAGUUCCCUGGAGUCUCAAAACCAGAUGAACUUAGAUCUGCAAAAGCAAUGUGAAGAACUGCUACAAAUCAAAGGAGAAAUAGAAGAAAACCUCAUUAAAGCAGAGCAGAUUCAUCAAGAUUUUGUGGAUGAAACAAACCAACGCAUUGGUAAAUUGCAGGAAGACUCUGCAGUUCAUCAGAAUAUUGUUGCUGAAACUUUAGCAACCCUUGAGAGUAAGGAAAAAGAGUUUCAACUUUUGAAAGAAAAAUUCGAAGCUGAGCAAACAGAGAUUCAAGAAUUAAAGAAGAGUAACUGCCUUCUUGAAGACUCUCUGAAGGAGCUACAACUUUUAACUGAAACCUUGAGCUCAGAGAAGAAGGAAAUGAAUAACAUCAUCUCAUUAAGCAAAAAAGACAUUGAAGAGCUAACCCAAGCAAAUGGGGCUCUCAAGGAAGUCAAUGAGGCCUUAUGGCAGGAGAAAAUGAAUUUACUCCAAAAACAUGAGAAGAUUUCGAACUGUAUAGCAGAACAGGAAAGAAGUAUCUCAGAGUUGUCUGAUCAGUACAAACAAGAAAGACUUCUGUUACUACAACGAUGUGAAGAAACAGAAACUGUGUUGGAAGAUCUCAGGGCUAACUACAAAACAGCACAAGAAAACAAUGCUGAGUUAGAAUGCUUGCUCAGUGAAUGCACUGCUCUUUGUGAGAAUAGGAAAAAUGAGCUGGAGCAGCUAAAGGAAGCAUUUGCAAAGGAACAGCAAGAAUUGGUGACAAAAUUAGCUUUCAGUGAAGAGCAAAACAGGAAAUUGAUGCUAGAGUUGGAGAUAGAGCAACAAACUGUGAGAUCUGAGAUUGCAGAUACCGAAAACUAUUCUAAGAGUGAGGCUGAUGGCUUAGGGCAAGAGAAGAGCUUGACUUUAAAGGAAGAGCAAAAUGAGAGGCAAGAGGAAGUUAAUGACUUACCACCUGAGAAUGAGCAGCUAAUGCCAUUAGCUCAGACUAAACAUGAACGUUAUCAUCUUGAAGGAGAGUCAGUUGAGAACUCUGUAAAAGCAACAGAAGAUGAGAUCAUUACGUGUAGUUCCCAGUAUGAGAUGGAUGUUGACACUAAAGACGGUUCUCCAGACAAUUACAGGGCACAGGUGGUACGACUGGAAGCUUUGAUUAGGGUUAUGGAAGUAAAGCUUGACCAGAGCGAGGAAGAGAAAAAAACCCUGCAUCAGGAAUUACAGACAAUUAGAGGAGAGCUAGGAACUGGAAGCCCCCGGGACACUCAGUCCCCUGGAAGGACUGGCCGUAAAGACUGUGACAUGGAAGCAGAAGGAAAGUAUGCGUCAGUGCUCCACGAGUUGUCAGCAAGUCAGGAUGAGAAUGCACACUUGCAGUGCUCUCUCCAGACGGCACUGAAUGACCUGAGUGAGCUAGGGAAAGUGUGCGAGGGACUGAAGGCUGAAAAGUCACAACUGCAGUCUGAGCUGAAGGACUCACGAGCAGAGUGUCUCACAGCAACUAGUAAAAUGGCAUCAGGGGUUGAGAAGCUGGUGAAUGAAGUAAAAAUACUAAACCAUGAAGAUGUUCUUCCUCAGAGUGAGCUAAUGAAAGAUGUGUCAGAUGUUCUUCCUCAGAGUGAGCUAAUGAAAGAUGUGUCAGAUGUGUUUCAUGAGAAACAAAACAACACAUCUAUGUUCUUGCCUCCUUUGGACAGGAGCAGUUCCUGUGAGCAAAUAACCUUGUCGGACAAAGAGGUUCGAGUGCACUUUGCCGAGUUACAGGAGAAAUUUUCCUGUUUACAAAGUGAGCACCAAAUUUUACAUAAUCAGCACUGUGAGGUGAGCUCUAAGAUGGCAGAGCUGUGUUCCUAUGUGGACACAUUAAAAGCUGAAAAUUCUGUCUUGUCAAUGAAUCUGAGAAACUUGCAGGGUGACUUGGUAAAGGAGAGGAAGCCUGGAGUGGAGGAUGGACAUACUCUGUCACUGUCAUUCUGUGGGACAGACAGCCCUAGUCUGACAAAGUUUGGAGAAACUACUUUUUACAAAGAUGUUUUAGAACGAACUGGAGACACAUCUCUUCUAAGUUUAGAAGGGAAUGCUUCAGCAAACCCUUGUAAUGUAGAUGAAGUGUCUUACAGCAGUCUAGAGGAGGAGAGUCUGACUGAGAAAGAAAUCCCAGCUGCCUCUGUGAGGACUAUUGAAGAACUUGAAAUCCUAUGUCAGGUGUACUUGCAGUCCCUCAAGAAUCUAGAAGAGAAAAUUGAGAGUCAAGGGAUUAUGAAAAAUAAAGAAAUUCAAGAGCUUGAGCAGUUACUAAGCUCUGAAAGGAAAGAGCUUGGCUGCCUUAGGAAGCAGUAUUUGUCAGAAAAGGAGCAAUGGCAGCAGAAGGUGACAAGUGUGACUUUGGAGAUGGAGUCCAAGUUGGCAGAAGAAAGACAGCAGACGAAGAAUCUGUCCCUCGAGCUUGAGGUAGCACGCCUUCAGUUGCAAGAGCUGGACUUAAGCUCAAGGUCUUUACUUGGCACUGACAUGGAAAAUGCUGUUCGGAGCCAAAAUGAUAGUUACGAUAUAAAAGAAUCAGAAGUAUAUAUUUCAGAGACUACAGAGAAAACACCAAAGCAGGACACUGAUCAGACUUGUGAUAAAGAUGUUCAGCAGGACCUUUGUUUGGAAACUUCAAUCACUGAGACUGAGACAGCUGGGCUCACAGGAGAGGGGUGUGAAGAACAGCCCCCAGAGACCAAUUGUGGGGCACCAGCAGAGGACAAAACUCAAGACGAUUCCGAAUGUGUUUCUGAAUUGUUUUCUAGUCCUAAUGUGUUGGUACCUAUGGAUGUUCUGGAAGAUCGGGGGUCUACCCAGAAUCUCCAUUUGCAGAAAGACGCAUCAAAUCUGAAUUUAAGAUUAUUUCCUGCAGUAGACGACUGGGACAAAAAAGUUGAAAGUUUGCUAAAUGAAAUAAAAGAAGCAGAUUCAAAACUCAGUUUAGAGGAAGUACAGCUAAAGAUCAAGAUUGAAACAUGCAUACAAUUGGAAAAAAUAGUCAAGGACCUCAAGAAGGAAAAAUUGGACUUAAGUGAAAAAUUAGAGUCCCUUCCUUGUAACCAGGAGGUAGGUCAGAGAGUAGAAAGUUCAGAAGACCUUGGUUUUGACUUAGAAUCGGGAGCAAAUGAGUUAAGUGAAGCUGUUAAAGAUCAUGAAGCCAACAGAGAAGACAAUUGGAAGGCCAAAUUUCUUGAUGUGGAAAAGGAGCUGACCAGGAUCGAGUCUGAGAAAGCUAAUAUUGAGCGUCUCCUCCUCUCUGUGGAAGCUGGCUUAGAGGAGGUUCAAGCAGAGAAGCUGGGUUUAGAAAGAGACACUGAAAGUAAGCAGAAGAUUAUUGUUGGCCUUAAAGAAGAACUAGCUGUCGUCAUAAGUGAGAGAGACAGGCUUCGAGGAGAACUAGAUACUGUGUCAAAAGAAAGAAAAGCCCUGGAUCAGAUGUCUAAAAAGAUGAAAGAGAAAAUAGAAGAGCUGGAGUCUUACCAAAGUGAGAGCCUCCAUCACAUUGAGGUGGUAGAGGCUGAGGUCAAGGACAAGGCAGAACUCCUUCAGACUUUGUCCUUUAAUGUGAGUGAGCUAACAAAGGACAAAGCUCAUCUCCAGGAGCAGCUGCAGAAUUUGCUAAAGGACUCGCAGAGAUUAUCUUCAGCAGUGGGUGAGCUGGAAAUCCAAAUCGGACAACUGACUAGAGAGAAAGAAUCAUUGGUCAAGGAGUCUCAGAACUUCCAGGUCAAGCUGACUGAGUCAGAAUGUGAAAAGCAGAACAUCUCCAAAGCCUUGGAGGUAGCACUCAUGGAGAAAGGUGAGUUUGCCGUGCGGCUGAGCUCAACCCAGGAGGAGGUGCAUCAGUUGAGAAGAGGCAUCGAGAAACUGAGUGUGCGCAUUAAGGCAGAUGAAAAGAAGCACCUCAGUACUGAGGAGAAACUGAAGGAAAGCCAGCGUGAAAACGACUCAUUGAAGGAUAAAGUGGAGAAUCUGGAGAGGGAAUUAGAAAUGUCAGAAGAAAACCAAGAGCUGGUGAUUCUUGAUGCCGAGAAUUCUAAAGCAGAGAUGGAGACCCUCAAGGCACAAGUGGACGAAAUGGCCAAAACCCUGAGAGUUUCCGAAUUAGACCUUGUCACAGUUAGGUCUGAAAGAGAAAAUCUGACCAGGCAACUACAAGAGAAGCAAAGUCGAGUGUCAGAACUGGAUGAAUUGUGUUCUUCCUUUAGAAGUCUAUUGGAAGAAAAGGAGCAGGCAAGAGUACAGAUGGAAGAAGACUCUAAAUCGGCGGUGCUGAUGCUGCAGACACAGUUAAAGGAGCUCAGUGAGGAAGUAGCAGCCUUGUGUAAUGACCAGGAAUCCUUGAAGACCCAAGGACAGAGUCUAGACCAGCCAGCAGAAGAAAUGCAUCACCUGAAAAGCAGCCUUCAGAAGCUGAAAGUUCACAUAGCUGCUGCUGAGAAAAAGCAGUCCUCCCUCCUCGGACAACUGAAGGAAAGUAAGCAGCAUGCGGACUUGCUCAAGGACAGAGUUGAUGACCUUGAACAAGAAUUGCAGCGCUCAGAGGAAAGCAAAGAGAAUGUGACCCUGGAAGCUGAGAAGGCCAAAGCAGAGAUUCAGACUUUAAAAUCAGAAAUACAAGGAAUGGCCCCAAACAUCCAAGAUUUGAAGUUAGAACUUACCAGUACAAGGUCAGAAAAUGAAAGUCUUGUGAAAGAAUUAAAAAAGGAACAAAAUCGAGUAUCUGAAUUAGAAACAAUAAAUUCUUCAAUUGAAAACUUACUGAAAGAAAAAGAGCAAGAAAAGGUACAGGUGGAAGAGGAAUCCAAAAUAAAAGUGGAGAUGCUUCAAACUCAAUUACGAGAGCUAAACGAGACAAUGAUUUCCUUGUGCAAUGACCAAGAGGCCUGGAAGACCAAAGAACAGACCCUGAGUGGUCAGGUACAAACUCUUGAACUUGAGAAGGCCCAGCUGCUACAGGACCUUGGUGAGACCAAGAACAAACACAUUGUUUUGCAGUCUUCUGUAAAUGUCCUCACUCAAGAAGUAAAAGCUGGCAGAGAGAAACUAGAGAAGAAGGAGGAAGAGGCCAGGACACUGGAAGAUCAACUUAAAGGUCAAGAGCAGCUCUUGUGUAAACUUUCCCAGUUGGAAGGAGAGCAGCAAGUCUGGCAGAAACAGAAACUUGAACUGGGAAAUCGGACUGUGGAGCUGGAGCAGAAGGUCCAAGUGCUGCAAUCCAAAAACAGUGCUUUGCAGCGCACCUUUGAAGCACUGCAGAAUGCUCACGGGAGUUUAGAAAGUGAGCUUGGAUUGAUGAAGACAGAGAAAGAAUCACUUGUCCAAAAAGUUAACACAAUGGUUGAGAAGGAAGCCCAGCUACAGAGGGAGCUGCAGGACAUGGUACAGAAGACAACAAGCCUGAAGGAAGGAUUCAAUAAAGAGAAAAGAAGGCUAACUGAAGAGUUAAAAGUGCCUGUGGAAGAACUCAAGAGCCUCAAAGUAGAGCAUCUUAAAUAUGUGAAUCAGCUUGAGAAGGAAUUUCAGCGUGCUCAGGGGAAAAUAAAGUUGUUGCUCAAAUCCUGUAAACAGCUGGAAGGAGAAAAGAGGACGUUGCAGAAAGAGCUCUACCAACUUGAAGCCGCACAGAAGCAGAAAGCUGAUUCUGUUGUGGGUGGUAAUGUAGAGAAAUUAAUGACUGAAAACAAAGAGCUGAAAGAAAAUCUUGAAGAAAAAAUCAAAGAAGCAGAUAAGUACUUGGAUAAGUACUGUUCCCUGCUUGUAAGCCUUGAGGAGUUAGAGAAAGCCAAAGAGAUGCUAGAAAUACAAGUUGCUCAUCUGAGUUCACAGCAAUCCAGACGGCAUCUCCACUGUUCUCCUUCACUGGAUUCUUCGGUUCCAGGACCAUCUCCAACCACUUCUGUCAGUGAGAAGUCAACAUCUGGCCAAAAUAAAACUUCAGGCAAGAGGCAGAGGUCCAGUGGAAUUUGGGAGAAUGGUAGUGGGACAACACCUUGUACACCAGAGACAUUUUCUAAAAAAAGCAGGAAAGCAGUCAGUAGUAGUGUUCACACUACUGAAGACAAGGAAGAGACUAAGUUUGAGCUAGAGGGACUCCCAGAAGUCGUAAGAAAAGGGUUUGCUGACAUUCCUACAGGAAAGACAAGUCCAUAUAUCCUGCGGAGAACAACCAUGGCAACCAGAACCAGCCCCCGCCUUGCCGCACAGAAGUUAGUGGGAUCCUCACCAAUACCAGGCAAAGAAAACAUUGCAGAGUCCUCAAAACCAACAGCUGGUGGCAGCAGAUCACAAAAGGUCAAGGUUGUUCAACAGAGCUCGGGGGAUUUACACACUGCCUUCCCAGAACACCUAGAGAAGUCUGUCACAGCCAGUAAUGUUCCUGGGAGAAACUCCGCAGAGAGCCCCAAGGAGGGCCUGAGGGUCAAGCAGGGCUACCCUGCCUCCAGCCCAGCUGCUGGGCCUGACCAGAGAAACAACGAAAACUGCCAUGUCCAGUGAACUGUCAGGGUUGCAGAAGGUGGCAGUAUUCAAACCAGUCUGCCUGUGGGGACUUGUCUUUGAGCCACAAACACUAUCACUAAAAAAUAACUGAAUCCUAAUGCUCUACGUGGCCUUCAUGUCUCUCCAUUCGUAAGAUGGGAAAAGUUUGGAAGCACCUACCUAUUACCUACUUGUUCUUAAGCACGGUGUAAAUAGUUGUGGAUAGAGCUUGAGAAUUUGCUGCAAUUAAAUGGAAAGCACCAUAGUGACUUGCUUGUAUGAAUUUACACUUAGAAAACCCUGCAAUGAUUUGAUUUAGGAUCUUCCUGUGUAAAGUGUUAGGUGUGAAAUAGUUGUAGAUCAAGAAUUUGAGCUGAGUAAAAUGAGGAGAACCUGUGUGAAUGUGGUGUCUUCAUUCUUUCAAUGUGUUUCAUAACCCCUGCUCAUAUAACCUGUAUAUAAUGUGUGGGGAGCAUUGGGGUGUGUAUUUAUUUCUAGUUAGUCUGAUUGUUGCAGACACCUUAGAGGUGAUGUAGAUCAUGUUUACAUUCACUAUAUUUUUCUUGUUAAAGUCAUCAUAGUUCUUUUGGUAUACAUGGCUGUAUUUGGUGAUAUAUUAAAAUAUGUUCUCAUAAAAAUCUUUGUAAAAAUUAUUUUGUAAGUAUAAAAGCAUUGUGACUAGUGGCACCAUGUAAUGUUAAGAUGUUUGAACAAUUGGUACAGAUAUUUGAAUACCAGUAUGCUUACUGAAUAUGAGACAUAAUUUGGAAUGUUGGUCAUACACAUGGUAUAAAAGUAUGGAUACCUUGUCCUCAUUAAAUCACAUCAGCAAAGGUACAA